AUGUUACGGGUGUUCAUGAACGACCAACAAAUCCAUACGCCCUUAGAUCCGGACUCGGUACGCCAUGUUGUGGACAUUGGGUGCGGAACCGGCGUCGUCACCGACCGGCUCGCUGCUAUGUUUCCAAAGGCCGAAGUACUCGGUCUUGAUAUGUCACCGGUUCCGAAAUUGAGAGAAUGCCCUGGCAAUGUCCGAUAUCUAUCCGGAAACAUUCUAUCUCAAGGACCGAGCGAGUGGGUCACUGAGGAAGGAAAUGCGGUGCUCCAGGAGAGUGCAGACAUAUUCGAUCUGACAUUCAGUCGAUUCCUGAUUCUGGGUAUGCGAGACUGGUCUGGAUAUAUCCAUAAGCUCUAUCAACUUCUGAAGCCCGGCGGCUGGGCCGAGGUGCAAGAAAUUGCACCUCGUUUGUAUGAUGCAAACGGCCAAGACCUCCGGGGCAAGUUGGAGUGGCACAAUUGGCAUCAACGGUAUUGGAAGUCCAAAGGCCUGGACUUGAUUCUUGUGGAACAGGUACCGGAGAUCAUGAAAGAGGCUGGCUUUGUGGAUGUACAAGUGAAGAAGUACCGACUUUCUGUUGGAGGCGAGGGCGAACAAGAUCCAAAGAGGAAGAAGGCAGGGGAUUUCUGGCGCCAAGAUCUCUUGGAGGUCUUCACAUUGGCUUUCUCGCGGGCAGCGAAAGACAGUGGGGAUGAGGCCGCGGGGCGAAUGCUAGACCAAUUCCGCCAGGAGACAACGACCGUGCAGGGAAGGUACCAUGAGGUGCUUGUAUUUUAUGGCAGAAAGCCAAAUUGA